AUGAAAUCACUGAUUAUAAUUCUUUGUUUUUUAGUAAUAAAAACAAUCAUACAAAUAUGUGGAUUGACAUGUUCUGAUUUAAAAAAAAGAGAAUCAGGAUCAAAAUUUUCUUUACAAGAACUUAAAACUCUUACAAAUGAUGCUUUGAUAUCUUGCCUUGUAUAUUUGGGAAAAGACCCUCUCGAACAUGAAGAAGCCAAGUACUUGUGGGGAAGAUUAAUAGAGGCAUUUGAAAAUGAUAUAUCAUCUAUUCCAGAAAAAAAUUUAAGGCAGUUGGGAUGGAUUAUAAAAUUGCAGACUUUGGCUGAAAAAGUCAGAGAAGAUUGGAAUGCAAAAGAGCCAACUGAUUACACUUAUUACGAUCUGAAAGCAUUGAAUCAUAUUUUAUGUGGUUUUAAUUCAUCUGAAAUUUCAGAUAUACAUCCAGAUUCUUACAGGGAAGCAUCGAGUACAUUGGCAACAUUACAAGAUUGUCCUAGAGAAUCGUUACAAGCACUUGCUAACCUUGCAGUUUCACCCUUAGCAUUUGAUGAUCCUUCAACUUGGUAUUUAUCUCAAGUGAAUUCAGUUGGUUGCAUUUUAAAUGGUAUGUCAAGAGAAGACAUUGCAAGUAUUCCUCCUGAAGGUUUUGAAUCAUUGACACCAAAUAUAAUUCAGUGCUUAAGUGCAGACACAUUUAAGGCGAUGACAACAUAUCAAUUACAACACUUAACAAUAUUAGCUGCUGCUUCGAUAUCCGAACUUCAAAAAUCUCACUUAAGUCAAAUUCAACAAAAAGCUAUUAAAAAUGCUCACAAAGGUGAAAUUCAAAAAAAUAAUGUCAGUGGUAGAAACGGAAUAACACUUUUCGCAUAUUUCAUAAAUACAUUUAUUCUGUUCAAGUGUAUAUUUCAAAGAUUGAAAACUUAA